GGGCGGAGAGAAGCGCCUGCACACAUUGUGCACACCCCGGGGGUUUUAAUGUCGCGUUCUUUAAUGAGGCUGGCCUGUGGAGUUUGAGGAUGGGAUAGCAGGGGGAAAACAUUGAUUAACGGAGCUGUUCUUUAGUCUCCUUCUUCUCCCCGUUAGGUCCUUGCAUUCUAGAUUUAGUGUCGAGAUCCUGAUCUUCAACUGUUGGCGGAGUGCGCGCGCGUUUAUGCUGGAUCACCCAACGUUCCAUUCCCAGGAUCUCUGCGUUCUAAACGGUUGUCGUCCAGGAGCUCACCCUCGGGCUGAGGCCCUGCUUGUUCCCCAAGACAUCUCCAUCUCCAUCCCGUCCCCUGGGGAAAGGGCCAGUGACAUGGUGCACCGCCCGGCCAUUUCUACACUGCAGCCUGCCAAAACAUCCACUCCCUUUUACUUCCUUGUUUAAUUAUGUUCAGUGCGCUCAGCUUCUCGUUCUCACCCCCUUUUGAAAAAGUUAUCACUGCCCAGUGAUCAGCAGAGAAAUGACUGCUAAAGUCAUCAUUUUGUCAUCGGCAUUAGGACACAGAGGUGACCUUUUUAAAUAGGGUGUACGCGUUUCCUGCGUUAAAUAACGGUCGAGUUAACUUCAGGUGUCCCCUUAAAGGGAAGUACGAGUCACUCGCAGAAGCGAAAGUUGCACGUUUCGACUUCUCAGUUCUCGCUAACGUUUGAAUAUUGUACACAACCGUGUGGCCUUUUGAAAAUGAAGGCACCACGUUUCAGAAAAGAGGCAGCUGUGUUUUUCUUUUUCUUUUGUUUGCUUGCUGUGUGUCAAACCUUUCCAACCUCGGCCGACCGAGAUACUUUGAUGAUACUGGAACAGUUCCAAUUUACAGGCGGUAAUCUCCUCACGACUGAAAAAGAACUGCAGGUUAAUUAUAUACUUAAGAAAAUCAAAGGAAAGGAGAUAAUGGAAGGAAUGAAAACUGGUAAAUUUGCCCCAGCCAUGCACUUUUUCAGAGCAAAAGAAUUAAUUGAACAAAGUCCAGUUUUUAACAUUAUACAGAUGAUGCCUAAAGGUGCUGGUUUACAUCUCCAUGAAUAUGCCUUAUUGAGUGUUGACUGGCUUGUGAAGAAUGCCACUUAUUUGCCUAAUUGUUACAUUUGUUUCACACCUGUGGGAGGUGUCCGGUUUCAUUAUUUCCACAGAAUGCAACAGAGAAAAAUGGUGAACUGCUCAGAAUGGGUUUUGCUUGAGCAAUACAGAAAGCAAAUUCAAAAUGUCACAGAAUUUGAUAACAGUCUGAUGAGAAAUCUAACAUUGAUAACGGAAAAUCCAGAAGAAGCCUACCAAUCGCAAAACAUCAUUUGGCAAAGAUUUUCUGACGCAUUUGCUGCUGCUAGCAGUCUUAUUUCGUAUGCCCCAGUAUUUAAAACCUACUUCUAUGAAGCUUUGAAGGAAUUCUAUCAUGAUAAUGUACAAUACAUAGAGAUACGAGCAUUACUGCUACCGGUCUAUGAACUUGAUGGAACCUUACAAAACAAGAAUUGGUCUAUUAUGGCUUACCACGAGGUUGCAAGACAAUUCAAAGAUGAUCAUCCUGACUUCAUGGGAACUAAAGUCAUUUUUUCAGUACAUAGAAAAUCGAAUAAUACAGAAAUGAAGACUGCAAUAUAUGAGGCCAUGGAGCUUUACAAUAAAUUUCCAGAGACUAUGGCAGGGUUUGAUAUGGUUGGCCAUGAGGAUGCUGGGCACCCACUAUGGUAUUUCAGAAAUGAGCUAUCAAUUCCGGCAAAACUUGGAGUUAAGCUGCCAUACUUUUUUCAUGCAGGGGAAACUGACUGGGAAGGUGUACAUAUAGAUGAAAACAUUUUGGAUGCACUGCUGUUGAACACAAGUCGAAUAGGCCAUGGCUACAGCAUAAACAAGCAUCUUGCGGCAAAACAGUUGUCCCAAAAGCUUGAUGUGGCACUAGAAGUGUGUCCAAUCUCAAACCAGGUGCUUAUGCUGGUGAGUAAUCUACAAAAUCACCCAGCUGCAGCUUUAAUGGCAGAAGGUCAUCCCAUGGUCAUUAGUGCUGACGAUCCAGCUGUGUUUGGGGCUCGUGGUUUAUCAUAUGACUUUUAUGAGGCCUUCAUGGGAAUAGGAGGUUUGAAAGCUGAGCUGACAACAUUGAAACAGUUGGCUUUGAACUCAAUCAAGUAA